GCUGACACCACCCUCGGCGAGCUCUACUACCGGAUCUGGCAGAAGAGCAACAUCCUUGGGUUCCCCGCCGAGAUCUGCCCCAUGGUCGGAGUCGGCGGGCACUUGAGCGGCGCCGGGUACGGGAACCUCUUGAGGAAGUACGGCCUCUCGUCCGACAACGUUGUCGACGCCCAAAUCGUGGAUGUGAAUGGAAAACUUCUCGACAGGGCUUCGAUGGGGGAGGAUCUGUUCUGGGCGAUUCGUGUUUGUGGCUCCGAAGACAACAGAGGAUCUAUUCACGAGGAUGCUCCAGUAGCCGGUGAGUUCGACGACGAAGAAAGGGGAGACCACGGUCAGAGCGUCGGUUUUGAAGAAGGAAGAUUGCUUGGAAAGGAAUUUCCUGAAUUGGGGUUGAAGAAGGAAGAUUGCUUAGAAAUGAGUUGGAUUCAGUCUGUUCUGGUGGGGAUUCGACAACGAGACGAACCCGGCAGCCUGCUAAGUAGGCAGCCGGAAUCGGUCAACUUCGGGAAGAGGAUUUGGAAGAAGAUGAUCGAGUCGAGGAAAACAGGGUUCGUUUUCAACCCGUAUGGUGGAGUGAUGGACAAGGUGUCGGUGACCAAGACAUUGUUUCCUCAUCGUGCCGGGAAUCUUUACAAGAUUCAGUACUCUAUUUCGUGGAAAGAGGUCGGGGUUGAGGCAGAUUAG